AUGCCGCCUGAGAAUAGCGACGAGAUCUCCCCGGUGAGACCUGAGUCUCACACCACGAGCUCUAAUGCGGUCGAGUUCUUGGCCCAUCGCGCGGCGGAGGAAGUCGACUUCAGCCCCGAGGAGGAGAAGAAGGUGCUACGGCGGAUCGACAAACGCGUCUUGGUUCUCAUCUUGUGGGCAUAUUUCUUCCAGCAACUGGAUAAGAGCUCGCUGAGCUACGUGUCCAUCUUCGGCCUGUCAAAAGAUGCGCACUUGCACGGCCGACAAUACUCAUGGCUGGGGUCGAUCCUGUACCUCGCAGAGCUAGUCAUGCAGCCGGUGGCGGCGCUGAUCCUAGUCAAACUGCCAACAGGCAAGGUGCUCGGCGGAGCGAUUUUCCUCUGGGGGACGUCGCUCUCAAUUAUGGCAGCGUGCACCGACUUCCCGUCGCUGCUGGGGCUGCGGUUCACGCUAGGAGCCUUCGAGGCGUUCAUCGCGCCCGCCUGCGUGGCCAUCACGCAGAUGUGGUGGCGGCGCAGCGAGCAGACGAUGCGAACCAGCUACUGGAACGCGAUGAACGGUGUCACCUCCAUCGUGGGCAGUCUGGUGACCUACGGGCUCGGCCACGUUCAUCACAGCACCCUCUACCGCUACCAGACCAUCUUCCUGUUCUGCGGACUGCUGACGGUCGCGUACUCGGGUCUGGUGCUGUGGCUGAUGCCCGACUCGCCGAUGGAGGCCAAGUAUCUGACGACGCGCGAGCGCGUCAUCGCCACCGAGCGCUUGCGUGCAAACCAGAUGGGCAUCGCCACGCGACAGUGGCGCUGGGACCACGUGCGCGAGACGGCCCUGGAUCUGAAGACUUGGUGCUGGUUCGUCGCUAUCAUCACGAUCUCAAUCGCCAGCGGCGGCAUCAGCACCUUCGGGUCUCUGAUCGUCAGCUCCUUCGGCUUCGGCAGCUUCGCCACCAUCCUCUUCAAUAUCCCCUUCGGCGUCAUCCAGGUGCUCGCCAUUCUCGGGACGGGGUGGCUGGCCACGCGCAUCCGGUCGAAGGGGUGGACGAUCGCGGGCGUCAGCGUCCUGCCCACGAUCGGAACGAUUCUCAUGCUCACCGUCCCCAGGGAGCAGAAGGGCGUGCUGCUGUUUGGGUACUAUCUGGUCUCCACCCUGGCAGCCAUCACCCCGCUGAUCUACGCCUGGCAAGCCCAGAACACCGCCGGCGACACCAAGAAGAAGUGCACCUCGGGCGUCGUCUUCGUGGGUAUGUGCGCCGGCAACGUCAUCGGGCCGCUGCUCUAUUCCACCGCCGACGCGCCCCGCUAUCGGCCCGGUCUGAUCGCGAACCUGGUAAUGUUUAUCAGCGUCGGGGUUGUUUCUGCACUCAUCCCAUUCUACCUGAUGUUCCUGAACCGCCAGCACGCGAAGAAGCGGCGAGAGCUGGGCAAGGGCGACCCGGGCUCAGAGGAGCGGGAGGAAGGCGACACGCAGCUGAAGGGGGACGCGGUGCAGCUCGAGCAGGUACGGGAUUACCGGCAGGCGAUCCAGGAGGAUAAUGGGUUGCAUGAUGUCACGGAUCUCCGGAAUGAGGAUUUUGUGUAUGUGUACUAG